AUGGGCCGAAAGCCGAAGCAGAAGAGGCCAGCAGCAGCAGCAGCAGCAGCAGCAGACGUUGCUGCUGCUUCUAGUGGUGAUGAUGCCCUCCAGAACGAGGACAGCGCAGCAAGUAGUCCUGCUGCUGCUGCUGCUGCUGAUUCUGCUAUAGCAGCAGCAACAACAGCAGCAGCAGCGAACUAUGAGCCAGCAAAUGAUAGCAGCAACAGGGUAGGCAGCAGCCCCUCUACUUCAUCAUGCUCUGCUGCUGCUGCUGCUGCUGCGGCAGUAGCUGAGUCUGCUGCAGCUGAUGCUGCUGCAGCGAAACCAGCAACUGUGAGCGCAGCAACAGAUAGUGCAGCAGCAGAUGCUGCAACAGCAGAAAGCGCAGCAACAGAUAGUGCAGCAGCAGAUGCUACAACAGCAGAUACUGCAGCAGCGGAUACUGCUGCAGCAGAUGCUGCGGCAGCAGAUGCUACAGCAGCAGAUGCUACAGCAGCAGAUACUACAGCAGCAGACGCUGCAGCAGCAGAUGCGGCAGCAGCAGAGGCUGCUCUUGCGGGGGUUCAGUUGAAGAGGGAGGAGAGUAGCAGCAGCAGCAGCAGCGAUGACGGAGACAGCAGCAACAGCAGCCGCAGCGAUUGCAGCAGCAGCAGCAGCAGCAGCGAUGUGGGGCCCCGCCUGUGCUGCAGCCGCUACCAAAACCUGAAGAGAGACGCUUCAAAGUCUGCUGCUGCUGCUGAGCAGUUCGCGAGAAUUAGUAGCAAAUUGGCGUACCGCGGAUUGCAAAACCCGCACCAUCAGAAUUUGCUGAAGUUGCUGCGAGCGGGUGCUGCUCUCCCUUUUGCGUUGCCUGCUGCUGCUGCUACUGCUGUUGCUGCAGACCCAGCAGCAGCAGCAACAGAAGCAGCAGCAGCAGCAGCAGCAGCAGCAGCAGCAGAUCUUGAUAGCGAGAGCGAGCCAGAGGACACGGGCUUCGACUUUGCCUUCUUUGUUAAUCCCUUCAGCUGUGUUGCUCCGUUUAGCAGCAGCAGCAGCAGCAGCAACAACAACAACAGCAACAGCAGCAGCAGUGACGGCAACGCCAGCAGCAGCAGCACCAGCAACACCAGCAGCAGCACCAGCAGCAGCAGUAGCAGCAGCAGCAGCAGCAGCACAGAGGCGAACUGGACGGUGAGGGCCCCCCCGUGGGGCCCUCAGCUGCCGAACAGCAACUGGGAAGAUUUGCUGCUGAGCAGAGUCGGUGCAUUUCCGUGCUGCAGCAGAGAGAGAGCUGCACUACCUGCAGCAGCAGCAGCAACAGCAGCAACAGCAGCAGCACAAGCAGCACGAAGAGCUGCUUGGCAGUCGCAGGCCCAUGUCCCUCCAAAUGUUGGGAUGUAUGUUGCUGCUGCUGUUCCUGCUGCUAAUCUUGCUGCUGCUGUUGCUGCUGCUGUUGCUGUGGUUGCUGCUGUGGUUGCUGCUGCUGCUGCAUGCACGGAAGGAACGAAGUUCCUGGUGUAUCUCCCUGUCUCCUUUUGUCUCUUUUUGUUGCUGCAGCAACAGCGCUCGGCCUCUCUUUACCUGGGUCAAGUUGCGGCUAAGUAUGCUGCUGCUGCUGUUGCUGCUGCUGCUGCUACUGUUGCAGCUGUUGCUGCUGCUGUUUUUCAAUUCGCAGCAGAAGUCUCCUUGAGUCUCUUUGCUGCUCAGCUGUCUCUACGUUGCUGCAGCAGCAGCCCCUCAUGUGCUUCCCCUGCCACCGUUUCCACUGCUGCUGCUGCUAAGACCACUUCUGCUGCUGCUGCUGCUGCUGCUGCUGCUGCUGCUGCAGGCGGGGCUUCUCUGCCUUCUGUUUGGGGGGCCUGUCUCCUUGAAUUUAACGGGGUGUUAUUUUGCUUCGGCGGUGUUGAUGAAAGGGGCCUCACAACAAACGCUCUCUACAAACUUGUCCCCUUGCCAGUUGCACCUUUAACCCCUGCUGCUGUUGUUGUUGCUGCUGCUGUUGCUGCUGCUGCUGCUGCUGCUGCAGCGUUCCAGCAAGAGUUGUGGGUGCGAGCGAUGGAGUUAGGAGACAUCCGGGAAGUCGUAGAGGAGGCCCUCAGCGAUUUAAAUGUCUCUUUGCACUGUCUCCUUGAAGAGACACCGCAGCAGCAGCUGCAGCAAAUGCUGCAGCAAAUGCAGCAGCAGCAGCAGCAGCAGCAGCAGCAAGCAGACAAAGUCGCAGAGUUACACACAAUAAGGGAAUGGGUAGAAGACCUCAAAAACCAGUGGACGAACUCCUUAUUGCGCGCGCGGCUUGAACGAACGCGUUUGGCGGUAUUGGGGGGCCGAGGCUGCAGCAGCGCAGCAGAUAUAUUUGCUUACAGAAGGAAGAGUCUGCUGCGGAUGCAGCAGCUGCUGCAGUCUCCUGAAGCAGAUUUGCUGCUCGCUGCUGUGGAUGUGCUGCAAGAGGAGACAGCAGCAGCAACGGGGCUCUGCCCUAGCGACCUUCGAACGUAUGCAACAGCGCAAGCUGCUAACAGUGCUGCUGCAGCUGCUGCUGCUGCUGCAGCAGCAACAACGCCAGAGACAGACACACCCGCACAAGCAGCAGCAACAGGAACAGCAGCAGCAGACACACCUUCAGAAGCAACAGCAGCAGCAGCCACAGCAGCGGAUGCAGCAGCAGCCAAGCCAAUCGACGCAAAUGCUUCUGAGCGCAUGCAGCAGCAGCAACAACAACAACAACAAAAGCAGCGGCAGCAGGAAGAACCCCAGUCGAAGCAGCAGCAGCAGGGCAUGCUGCACCAAGCUCAGCAGCAACAGCAAGACGACCAACAGCAGGAACAGGAGCAGCAACAGGAGAAGCAGCAAGAGCAGCAACAGGCGCAUCAGGCAGCUAAUGAGGAGCAGCAGCACAAGCAGCAGCAACAGCAGCAGCAGCAAAAAGGACGUCGGUCUAUUCUUCGUUGCAAGAGGCAGCAACAACCGCUGCAAGCAGCAACAGAAGACCCAGCAGCAGCAGCAGCAGCAGCAGCAGCAACAGCAGCCGCAGCAGCGCGCGUUACUUUUGAAGAGGGACGGCCACGCCAGUUGUCUUGUGUUCGUUUUUGGACAGAAGUAGGAAAGAGAGGGCCCCGGCCCUCUGGUCGCUACGGACAUUGUGCUGUCUCUGCUGCUUCUUUUUUGGUGGUGUUUGGUGGGGUUGUUCUUCUUCCAGCAGCAGCAGCUGCUGCUGCUGCUCCUGCUCCUGCUGCUGCUGCGAGCUGCCGAUACACCUCAGCAACCACAGCGAAACAAGUCUUCAAAAGAAAACGCAGAAAGAAUAGUGCUGCUAAACGCUGCAACAGCGCACCCACACUCCACCUACAGCAGCAGCAUCGGCCGCAGCAGCAGCAGCAGCAGCAGCAGGAAGAGGAGCAGCAGCAGCAGCAGCAGCUUGCUACAGAGAGGGAACAGACGCUUCGCCAGCUGCAGCGAUCACGUGCAGCUCUAGACAGCGCUGCAGCAGAGUCGCAGCAGCUGCUGCAGCAGGAGAAGCGGCAGCAGCAACGGCAGCAGAAGUUGCUGCAGCAGCAGCGCUUACAGCAGUUCGUAAGACAAAGGCAGCAGCAGCUGCUGCAGCAGCACCUAAUGAGUGAUGUAUGGGUCUACUCAACGGAAGGAGACAGCUGGCUGCAGCUGCUGCCGGGGCUGCAGCAGGAUCUCUCUGGGGGUCCCGCCAAACCCCCUGCACAACCAGCAGCAGCAGCAGCAGCAGCACCUGCUGCUGCUGCUGCUGCUGCUGCUGCUGCUGAGAGUAGCACAGGGCCUAGCCCGCGCUGCUUCAUGAGUUUAACCCUCUUCAGGCCGCCAGCGGAGGGCCUCGUGUUGGUACUCUACGGGGGCAUCGAUGCUCAGGGGAGAGUGUUGUCGGACUGCUGGUACUUCGAUUUGCUGCAGCUGCAGUGGAGACAGCGGAAGGAGCCUUGGCUGCUGCCUCCACCCUUUUGGAUAUCUGCAGGGCCUCAGGUUAGUGCUCCAGGGCAUGCAAUGCACUCAGCUUCGCUCUGGUGCAGCAGCAGCAGCAGCAGCAGCAGCAGCAGCAGGACGAAGCCCGCUGCUGUUAUCCAGGAGGAGACCCCGCAGACGCAGCAGAAGCAGAAGCAGAAGCAGCAGCAACUGAAUCGAGAGGCUGUCAAACAGAAACUUGCUGCUGCAGCAAAGGAUGUUCCUGUAGGCGGCACUAUUGUUGUCUUUGGGGGCAUCCGCAGCAGCAGCAGCAGCAGCAGCAGCAACAAUGUAUACUUGACCAAUGAAGUUUAUAGCUUCUACCCAGAAGAAAGGGUUUGGUGUCUCCUCAGCACGAAGGGAUCUCCACCAGAACCGCGCAUGCGGCAUUCUGCAGGUGUAUUUAGGGACUCUCUUUUUAUUUAUGGGGGCCGCAACUCCAAAGGCGAGGCCUGCGCAGGAGCAUAA